GAACCGUACUGAAGUUCGUUCGCAUUAGUACGCAACCGGCGCGGCACCUCGAUCUUGUUUGUUUACGAUGAAUCUGUUGAUACAGUAUAUCAAAUCUAUUCCGACGCAUAUGGAUUACGAUGGCCAGGCUCGAGCAGAAAAAUUCUCAAGGAUUAUUGUAACACUUUUUGGGAUAGUUGGAUUAAUAUGGGGAUAUGUAAUCCAGCAGUUUUCACAGACAAUUUAUAUACUUGGAGCUGGAUUGUUAAUGUCAAUCCUGAUCACAGUACCAGCAUGGCCCAUGUAUCGCCGUAAGCCUUUAGACUGGCAAAAGCCUCAACUUACAAAUGCAGCUAAGUUAAAAAAAAAGAAGUAGUCAAUUACUACUCAUGAUUAUAUUUAAGAUAUUUUUAUUACUGCAUUAUAUUACAUUAUUAUGUAAGUCUUAAAAUAAGGUACUUACAAUUGAGAGAAACAAGUGGGCAUGAUUGCAAUAGAGUGAACUGAUAUUUUCUAUUUAAAUAAUUAGUUUUAAAUUAGACUGUAUAUUGUAUUACUGGCAAGUAAUACUCGUACCAAUGGAUUGCAUUUACACACAAUGCAUUGAUGUUUCAAAGACAUCAAUAAAAUUACUCUAGUAACCAUA